AACACGACCAUGCCCCCAUACCUCGGGGUGAGGUUAUGCAAAAUGAAUCCACAGCCUGACCUGGCUCCACUGAAGUCCAUCAUGUUCGGAGGGUCAGUGAUGGACCCUGCCACGCAAGCGGAGGUGCAGAGCAAGUACAACGUCACGGUAGCGCAGGUGUACGGCAUGACGGAGAUGCUCAUGACCAUGGGCUGCGACUAUACAAAGCCUACGCCGCUAGGUUCCGUGGGACAACCGAGGCGGAACGUCGAAGUCAAGGUGAUGGACACCCAGACGGGACAGGCACUGGGCCCCAGGCAGGAGGGCGAGCUGUGCUUCCGCGGUCCGAUGGUGACCCGCGGCUACUACGACGACCCCGCCGCCACCGCGGCCGCCUUCGACGCGGAUGGCUGGUUCCACACCGGAGAUGUCGGCUACUACGACGACGACGGCUUCUUCUUCAUAACCGACCGCAUCAAAGACUUCAUAAAGUACAAUGGACAUCACGUGCCAUCUGCGCAGCUGGAGGCGCUGCUCUGCCGACACCCGGCCGUGCUGGAGGCAGCGGUGGUGGGGGUGCCGGACCCUCUGGCUGCAGAGCUGCCCAGGGCCUACGUCGUGCUGAAGCCAGGCGAGCCCGUCUCUGAGGACCAAGUGGCACACUUUGUCGACAGUCAAGUUUCUGAUCACAAGAAAUUACGAGGCGGAGUGGUCUUCAUCGACAGGCUGCCAAGGACUGCUGCAGGAAAAAUUUCUAAAAAGCUGCUGAUAGAAGAACUGAAGAAACGAGAAACUACAGUGACAAGUAAUUAACGUACUUGGACAAUUAUGCCACUAAAUACGUACGUGAGGGGUGCAAGGGACAGAUUCCUUGUUAUACCUUGCGUAUGAGCUAUUUCGACGUCACACGUAAAGUACCUGAAAAAAGUAAGCUGGUUUGUUGGGUGUAAUGACUUGAGGAGCAUAUACUUCUUCUGAAGUGUUUAUUCUCAGCACUGUGGCUUAUUUAUAAUAUUCUGCUCAUCGACAAUGUACUUUAACAAAGACAGAA